CAGGCGCCCACGCCACUGGGCUCCGCUGAGCAUGAAUAAACAAAACCAAAAUGAAGAGUCGGACGAAGGCGGUUCACCAGAGAACACCAGGGCACCUUCACCCGAGGACGCCAAGCCCGCGGCGGGCGGCAGCAGGCUGCCAAGUGGUUUCGCGGUCUUCACCACCUUCCCGCACCUGCUCUUCAUCUUCGAGUUUGCCUUUGGGGGGCUGGUAUGGAUCCUGAUCUUCUUGUCUCAUCUGCCCAACCCCCUGGCCCUGGGCUGGGUCAUGUUCGUGUCUGUGUUCUGCUUCAUGGCCACCACUCUCCUGACCUUCGUGUAUGUGUUUCAUGGGUACAAAUGCGACGAUUUCUGCAUCACUGUGGAGGCAGCCUACCACUGUAUCGCCACCCUGUUCUACCUUAGUGCGUCAGUCAUAGAAGCUACGAUCAUCAUCCAGAAUCAAGGGAAAAUCAAGCAGAAACAAUACAGUGAAAACAUCGCUGCUGUGGUGUUCUCAUGCGUAGUCACCCUGCUGUACCUGGUCCAUUUCGUGUUUUCUUUAAAGAGCUGGAAGUCUUUCCAUGAAGAAUUUUAGUUGAAAACUGAGAGGGUGUUAACUGAUUGGCUCGCCUUCCAGCAUAACAUUUGAGAAUGCAGGAACAUUCUUGAUGGUGGAAAAAGGAACCAAAAAAAUAUUAAGGAAAUAGAGCUUUCAGAUGACAUCUGAGUCCCCUGGAUAUCCUGCUAUUAUCUUACUCUCCUCCCUCCAGCCUCAGGACCACCCCGAGCUGAAUGUGUGUUCAGGGCUAGACCUCUGCUUCACACCUGACUAUCCAUGACUACACAUGGCGCUUUAUGAAAGUGUAUCACCCAGUACACAUCCUUCUGCAACACGCUUUUUAUGCAACCUUGUUCUGAGGUUUA